UAUCAAAAACUGUCCCUUUGGUAAAUCGAAUCCAAGGAUCCCAUCAUUUUAGUUAAUUAUUAUCAUUAUUCUGUUGAGCGUGACAGCCUCAGUCAGCCACCGCAGGCAGGUGACGCCAAGAAACCCCCCGUCAUCCCCGCGAAGUGCAGGCAGAAGGUCCUCCAAUGUGAUCGAGCAACCGCCACAACUCUCCGGUUGCUUUAUACUGCCUGCUUACUGGGAGGUCGCAGUCGUCCGCAUACAACUCGAGUGACAGGUAUCCCUGGUAUCAUCUCUGCUACUUUGCACAAGAACACCUUUCCAUCGACUGUUCCCAUAACGUCUGUACCCCGCAUCGACGAAGGAGAACAGGGAGCAGCAACGUCGAUAUGAACAUCCUCCACUCUACGCUGUCCACCUGGCGAGAUCGCCUCGCGCCUGUCUCACGGACAUCCACAUUUCGCUCUACUGGUCAGAUUACGCCAGAGGAGUUCGUCCUGGCCGGUGACUAUCUGGUCUACAAGUUCCCGUCCUGGUCCUGGGCCGAUGCCUCCACUCCCGCCAAACGCGUCUCUUAUCUGCCUCCUGGAAAGCAGUUCCUUGUCACCCGCGGUGUGCCGUGUCAUCGCCGACUAAACGAUAACUUUGCGGGAGAUGCCGGUCAGGAUGAUGUUAUCAUCAAGGAUAUGUUGGGCGAUGGAGCCGGCGGUGACGAGGACGGUUGGUUGAGAACUGGCGGAGGAAGGGAGCUUGCCGACAGUCAGGAAGCUAAGAUGAGAGAUGUUCGGACGGUGGAUGAGGCUGGAAAUAUGGGCGAGCGCGAGGAGGAAGAGGAGGAGAUUCCGGAUAUGGAGGAUGAGGAUGACGAUGAGGAAGCUAUUAUCAGAGAGCCGGCCAAGUCGAGCACGACUGCGCCUCUUCGAACAUACACUCUCUACAUCACAUACUCCAACUUCUAUCGCACUCCUCGACUCUAUCUAUCGGGCUACCUCUCGCCCUCCGAGCCUCUUCCUCCACAUUUGAUGAUGGAAGACAUUGUCGGUGACUACAAAGACAAGACCGUCACCCUCGAAGACUUCCCCUGGUUCGAAGGUAGCGUCAAGAUGGCCAGUGUCCACCCUUGCAAGCACGCCUCCGUCAUGAAGACUCUCCUCGAUCGUGCCGAUGCCGCCCUCCGGAUCCGCCGCCAGAAACUUAAGGAGGCCCAGUCCGCUGGAGACGCGUCAAAGCUCAAGGCAGAUAGCGGCUUGGAGGGCCUAGUGGACGACACAAAGGGCCUCUCUCUUUCCAAUGACGGUCAUGCUGCUGGUGUCGCCGCUGCUGGCGGGAACGGUGGUGACGAGUGGGAAGUGCUCGAAGGUCACGAGGACGACGAUCAGCAGAAUGCCAUCCGAGUCGACCAGUACCUUGUUGUCUUCCUCAAGUUUAUCGCCAGCGUGACGCCCGGCAUCGAGCAUGACUUUACGAUGGGCGUAUGAUGGAGGAAUCUUCGGGAUUGACAAUACCCAUUUUAACAAGUUCGAGGCGGCAAUCUGAGCAUUUCAUGCAGGGCCACCAGCA